CUUGUCGUGGGCGUGGCCUCCUCGAGUUCCGGAGUGGACUGUCUGGCAGCCUUUGCUGGAUCCGAGAUGCAGCCGCCGCCCCGAAAAGUGAAGCCAGCCCAGGAGGUGAAACUUCGCUUCUUGGAGCAGCUGAGCAUCCUUCAGACCCGGCAACAGAGGGAGGCGGAUCUGCUGGAGGAUAUCAGAUCCUACAGCAAGCAGAGGGCAGCCAUUGAACGGGAGUAUGGCCAGGCACUCCAGAAGCUGGCUGGGCCAUUCCUGAAGAGGGAAGGGCAGCGGAGCGGGGAAGUCGACCGCAGGACAGUGUUUGGUGCCUGGCGCUGCCUACUGGAUGCCACUGUGGCUGGAGGCCAAACCCGGCUCCAGGCUUCUGACAGAUACCGUGACCUAGCAGGGGGCACCGGGAGGAGUGCCAAGGAGCAGGUGCUUAGGAAGGGGACAGAGAGUCUUCAGCGGGCACAGGCUGAGGUGCUGCAGUCCAUCCGGGAACUGAGCCGAAGUCGGAAGCUCUAUGGGCAGCGAGAACGUGUGUGGGCCUUGGCACAGGAGAAGGCAGCUGAUGUCCAGGCCAGGCUGAACCGAAGUGACCACGGGAUCUUCCACUCUCGGACCAGCCUCCAGAAACUGAGCACCAAGCUGUCUGCCCAGUCAGCCCAGUAUUCCCAGCAGUUGAGAGCAGCCCGCAAUGAGUACCUGCUAAAUUUGGUGGCCACCAAUGCUCACCUUGCCCACUACUACCAAGAGGAACUGCCAGCCCUGCUCAAGGUCCUGGUAAGUGAGCUGUCAGAAUACUUGAGGGACCCCCUCACUUUAUUAAGCCACACAGAGCUGGAAGCUGCAGAGAUGAUCCUGGAACAUGCCCGCCAUGGGGGACAGGUGACUUCUCAGGUAAACUGGGAACAAGAUGUGAAGCUGUUUCUUCAGGGGCCUGGAGUCUUUUCCCCCACCCCACCUCAGCAGUUCCAGCCAGCAGGGACUGAUCAGGUGUGUGCCCUGGAGCAGGGAGCAGGAGGGAUGGUUGGAGAGAGUGGCCUGGAGAAAGAGGUUCAGCGUUGGACAAGCAGGGCUGCCCGGGACUACAAGAUCCAGCAUCAUGGGCAUCGGGUCCUGCAGCGACUGGAGCAGAGGCGUCAGCAGGCUCCAGAGCGAGAAGCCCCAGGCUUAGAACAGCGGCUACAGGAAGUGCGGGAGAACAUCCGACGGGCACAGGUGAGCCAGGUGAAAGGGGCUGCCCGGCUGGCCCUGCUACAGGAGGCUGGCCUUGAUGUACAGUGCUGGCUGAAGCCAGCCAUGACCCAAGCACAGGAUGAGGUGGAGCAGGAGAGACGGCUUAGUGAGGCUCGGCUGUCCCAGAGGGAUCUCUCUCCCAUGGCUGAGGAUGCUGAGCUUUCUGACUUCGAUGACUGUGAGGAGGCUGGGGAGCUCUUUGAAGAGCCUGCUCCCCCCGCCCUGGCUACCAGAUCCCUCCCCUGCCCUGCACAUGUGGUAUUUGGCUACCAGGCAGGACGUGAGGAUGAGCUGACUAUCACCGAGGGUGAGUGGCUAGAGGUCAUCGAGGAAGGAGAUGCUGAUGAAUGGGUUAAGGCUCGGAACCAGCAUGGCGAAGCGGGCUUUGUCCCUGAACGAUAUCUCAACUUCCCGGAUCUCUCCCUUCCUGAGAGCAGCCACGGCAGCAGCAAUCCCUCAGGAGCAGAGCCCACAGCAUUCCUGGCCCGUGCCCUGUAUAGCUACACUGGGCAGAGUGAAGAGGAGCUAAGCUUCCCUGAAGGGGCACUCAUCCGCCUUCUGCCCAGGGCUCAAGAUGGUGUGGAUGAUGGCUUCUGGAGGGGAGAAUUUGGGGGCCGUGUUGGAGUUUUCCCAUCUCUACUGGUAGAGGAACUGCUUGGUCCCCCAGGGCCACCGGAAUUCUCUGACCCUGAACAGACGCUGCCAUCCCCUUCUCCUCCCAGUUUUUCGCCUCCUGCACCCACCUGUGCCUUGGAAGGAUCCACUGCACCCGCUCUGCCUCUGGACAAAGUCCUAGACUGCCCAGGACCUCUGGACAUGAUGGUGCCUCGACUCAGGCCGAUGCGUCCACCACCUCCCCCACCAGCCAAAGCCCCGGAUCCUGGCCAUCCAGAUUCCCUCACCUGAAGGCCGGGUGGGGGGUCACUGCCCCCCAGUGACGCUGCUGCCCCUAUCUCCAUGCUGACAGAAACCACCCCCUCAAUGAUCUGGAGCGACAUAGGCAAAAGCUGCAAUCUUCCCCCAUGUCCACUCUCGCCUCCAGGGGUAGAAGCUGGCCCUGUUCCCAUUUCUGGGAUUUGAACCCAUUCCUUUCCCACAUUGUUCUUCUGUCAUCUCUGGGCCGGAACUACCCCUUUGACUUUUUACCAUCACCCCAUAUCUAGGGUGGUAAAAUAUCCCAAAAUUUCUGGGGCUGGUACCCAUUCCUUAAAGCAUUUUACGGUUCUGGCUCAUUGCUGCCUUCACCCUGCCUCUGUGGCCAACUCCACCCCGAAUGCUGGGGUCACCAGGCCUGGAGCCAGGAGAAGAGCAGGUCUUGGAAGUCAGAAGGAGCUGGAGCCAGGAUGCAAAGCAACUGUAAUGGUCUGAGCGGAUUUAUUGACAGUGAAUAAAGGGCGUGAAGUCCAAGCCAGGGCCUGGGCCUCUUGUGCCAAGAGGGCAGGGGGCCUAAGGUGCUAUUGCUUUAGGGGCCCACCACGGGUAGGGCCUGGUCCCAGCUGCCACGCUCUUGCAUGUGGAGCGAGGUUUUGGGGAAGGCAGGCCAGGCAACCCAUUGGCAAGUAGGGAAAGGAAAAAGAAUGAGGGGUUGGGAGUUGGGAGCGGCUCCUCCUGAGGUCCCUCAGCCUGGGACCAUGUAACUCCGGAUAGAAGUAGAGCUGGUACCUCAACUGAGGAGCAGUGCUGUCCAGUGGAGGGGAGAGCCGUCAUGGCUAUCCAUACCCUGGCAAUGCCUGCUGGUAUCCAUCAGCACAGUGACGACUGAGGCUCGGAGGGAAGGAAGGGGGACAUUGUUGCUUCCUAUUUGAGCUCUGAUUGACCAAUUCUCCAGAGACCGUUUCUAACUCCUGGAGGACCUCUAUGCCCACUCCCCACCACCAGCCAAGGAAUCUGUAACACACACUAAGCCUGUAGUUCACCCCAGGGGCUCAGGGAGUCAAUGGGUUUGGGUGGUUUAGGUAGAAGGUGAGAGGAUGAGAUUACCUGAUCUCGAGCUCAGGGAGACUCGCCUCACAUACCCCCUGCGUCUGGUGGUAGAGACUCCUGAGAGAAGGGGAAGUGUUCAGUGGGAAGAGGAGGUGGAUAAUCAGUGUUGCUCAGCAUAGGGACAGAAGAUGUGUGUCCACCAUUGCCCAUUGCAUCUCUGACCAUGUCUUCAUACCUGCUGACCUGAGGUGUCCAGUUUAGUUGGCUGUCCAUUUGCCUCUUGACUAAGCAGCUCUGAACUUGGGCCUCUUCCUCUAGUGCCCAAGUUCAGUUCUGAAGAGGUUCCAGGGGCUCCCUCAAGUGUACAAGGGACUAGGCUGUCAUCCUUGAGUCCUCCGUUCUGCACUGGGUAGGUGGCUACAGCCUGGGAGGGUGGUGCCUCAGGGAGCAGCCUUUCAGUAGCAGUUGUCCCUGUCCUAGGCUGCCCGCCUGCAGCCACCUGACUGGCCCCUGGUUCCUGCCCCCCACCGGAGCCCCAGCUUCUGUCUGUAGGAGAACCAUCACGAUGUUCAUGUAGGCCAUAGCGCUUCUCAAUGUGUGUCACUCGGAAUCUGGGUGGGAAGAGAACAAUGCAGCUUAGGACUACAGCCCAAAGGUGACCUAAACCUCCCUCCCUGGGAUUGACGGCAACUUCUAUGGCCUGGGUAUGGAGGCCUUCUGAGAUUGUGGGACAGACACUUUGUGCAGCUUGACCCCUGCUGCAGUUGCUCAGUCAUUCAGAGGAAAGUAUUGGGCACCAACUUAAUCUCCCUUUUCCUGAACCACUGUAUCCCCCACCUGCCCACUGAGAAUACAGUGGUCUCUCCAGGCCUGGGGCGACCUUUUCCUUCCUUAGAGCGACCCUGACGGACAAGUGGGGGCCUCUUGUUGCGGCUACAGUGGAUGCAAGGAGCUGCAGAGCCAAGAUGCACUGUGUGAUGAUGGGAAGGAGCGCCAUCCUGCAGGCUGGAGGUGGCAUCCACACUGGACCACAGGAGGAAAGCAGAAUGGAGCAGAAAUGAGAUUUCCGUUUCCCUUCCUGCCAUUUCUUCUGAUCUAUCAACAUGAUCUUUAAUCCUCCCAAAACCCCACCUUCCCCAGGUUCCAACUCCUUUUGUCUUGAGUAAAUUCAAUGUUAAGACAUGA